CCGCAGACUGAGGUCACCGCAGCAGGCCGCCAUGUUGGGGGGGGGAAGACCUGCAGCUCUAAAGCAGCGAUAUGAGCAGCAGAAGGGCCCAGAAACUCCUGCUGGGCCUGCACACCGCUGGUUCCGGUCCUGCAGGACGGAUCGGGUCGACCUGGUGCUGCAGGUUCAGAGCCGAGCCCAGAACUGGACCCAGCAGGGCCCUGUCCGGACCUGGACCUGGGUCAGGACCUGGACCUGGACCUGGACCUGGGUCAGGCAGAGGCAGCAUGAAUGUGUUCAACAGGGAGAUGAAGAGGAGGCAGAAGAACUGGGCCGCGGUUCUGGAGGAGGGUCACCAGUACGACUACCUGAGGGACGAGGUCGGCAGUCGGGUCGCUGACCGGGUCUAUGACAUCGCCAGGACGUUCCCUCUGGCUCUGGACAUCGGAGGAGGAAAAAGUCACAUCGCUGAACACCUGAGCCAGGACGUGGUGGAACGUUUGUUCCUGACAGACGUCUCCCAGGAGACUCUGAAACUCCGGAGGCAGAGUGAGAUCCCCACUCAGUGCGUCUUGGCUGAUGAGGAGUUUCUGCCGUUUAAGGAGAACACCUUUGACCUGGUGGUCAGCAGCCUGACCCUUCACUGGAUCAACGACCUUCCUGGAGCUCUCAGACAGAUCCAUGCGGUCCUGAAGCCGGACGGCGUCUUCAUCGGGGCGAUGGUGGGCGGCGAGACGCUCUACGAGCUGCGGUGCUCGCUGCAGCUGGCAGAGGUGGAGCGUGAGGGGGGGUUCUCCCCCCACGUGUCCCCCUACACCGCCGUCACGGACCUGGGGAACCUGCUGGGCCGGGCCGGCUUCAGCAUGCUGACUGUGGACAUCGAUGAUGUUCAGGUUCAUUACCCAGGAAUCAUGGAGGUCAUGACUGAUCUGCAAGGUAUGGGUGAGAGCAACUGUGCGUGGAACCGGAGGUCGAUGCUGCACAGAGACACCAUGUUAGCAGCUGCAGCCAUUUAUAAAGAGAUGUACGGCAGCGAGGACGGUUCUGUUCCCGCCACCUUUGAGAUCCUCUACAUGAUUGGCUGGAAGCCUCAUGAGUCUCAGGCCAAACCAGCCAGGCGAGGCUCGGCCACGGCGUCCUUCAGAGACCUGUCCAAGAUCAGCGGACCGGGCGGACCCUCGUAGAGUUCAGGUGACCUCUCUGAGACGGAGGCUUCCAGAACCAGGAAGUUCUGGUUCUGUCCGGCGGGUCCAGAGUUCCUGUCUGAACGGCGCCUGCAGCAGCAGAAAACUGAGAUUUGAUGCUUUUGCCUGUAAAUGUUGUAUAGAAACGUGUUUCUGGGAAAUAAACUGAGUAACGAAGGA